GCCGUCGAACGGACCGGCAGCUUCCAGUGGCUCAGCAGCCUCGCCGUCGUCGAACACGAGGCUAUCCGCACCCGGGGCGCGAGCCAGCCAACAGCAGCAGAAACAGACGUCCGGCAGCGACGCGGACGGCCCUGGAGAUGCUGACGAAGCGCCGGAUGCAGCCGAGCUGCGCGUGGCUGCGGCUGCAGCUGCGGCGCCGGCUGCCCAUCCUGGGCUGGCUGCGCGGCUACUCGGCGGGCGACGCCCUCUGCGACGCCAUGGCCGGCUUCACCGUGGGGCUCACGCUCAUCCCGCAGGCCAUCGCCUACGCCGCGCUCGCCGGCCUCAGCCCGCAGUAUGGCUUGUACUCCGCCUUUGCUGGCAGCUUCGUGUACAUCUUCUUCGGCACGUGCAAGGAGGUGAACAUUGGACCGACAGCUCUGCUCUCCCUACUCACAUCAACCUACACGCACGAUACAAGUCCUGAUCUGGCUGUUUUGCUCUGUUUCUUGGCUGGCUGUGUGGAGCUGCUUUGCGGACUUUUGCAACUAGGUUUCCUAGUGGAGUUUGUUUCUGUCCCAGUUGUGACAGGCUUCACAUCUGCUGCUGCUCUCAUUAUAGCAUGCUCACAGGUCAAGGGCCUGUUGGGCCUAAGCAUCAAGGGUCACAAUUUUGCUGAGACAGUGGUUGCAAUCUUUGAAAACAUUGGAUCAACUCGUCUCUGGGAUGCUAUACUGUCACUCUUCUGCAUUACAGCAUUAUUAACACUCCGGAAACUUAAGGACCUAAAAUUUAAGGAUACCAGCUCACUGACAGUGAAAAUCAUUUCAAAAUUUAUAUGGUGCAUUUCUACAUGGCGGAAUGCAGUCAUUGUCAUUAUAAGCACAGCUGUUGCUUAUUACGUUAGUGAAGAUGAAAAAAUACCAUUCAUUCUCACAGGAAGAAUAGAACCUGGCCUACCAACUGUAACUCCCCCACCAUUCAGCACUUCAUUUGACAAUAAAACACUUUCAUUUGGUGAUAUGUGCUCUUAUCUUGGAAGUGGCCUUGCAGUUGUUCCCAUUGUUGCCAUACUGGGAAAUGUGGCAAUUGCAAAAGCAUUUUCAAAUGGUGAGAUGCUGGAUGCAACUCAAGAGAUGAUAACUCUGGGACUUUGCAACAUUGUUGGGUCCUUCUUUCGCUCAAUGCCAGUCAAUGGCUCUUUUUCCCGCAGUGCUGUCAACAACUCAAGUGGUGUCAGAACUCAGAUGGGUGGACUGUAUACAGGAAUACUUGUAAUUAUGGCUCUCAGUCUUCUGACUCCACAUUUUUACUACAUCCCAAAGGCUACUUUGUCAUCAGUUAUUAUCUGUGCGGUUAUAUUUAUGAUUGAAGUAGAUAUUCUUCCUUCAUUAUGGCGAUCAAACAAGAGAGAUCUCAUCCCCUUAUUUGUGACAUUCAUUGCAUGUCUAUGGCUUGGAGUUGAAAUUGGAAUUGUUAUUGGAAUUGCAGUUGACAUUGCUAUUCUCCUGUACUUCAAUGCUAGACCACGUGUCACAGUGGAAAAACUGAAGUGUCCACCAGCUGGUCCUGAAUAUUUGCUGGUGAGACCCGGAGCUGGACUACUUUUCCCAGCAGUUGAUUUUCUACGAGAUGCUGUUGCCAAAGCAAGUGCCAAUUGUGCUGAAGAAAAUUUGCCAGUUGUGAUUGACUGUCAGCAUGUCCAGCAUGCAGACUUCACAGCAGCAAGAGGUAUCAGAGCUCUAGCAACUGAUCUUAGCCGUCGUGGUCAUCACUGUGUAUUUCACAGAUUGCGACCAGAUGUUUCAGAUGUACUGGGAGUUACUGACACACAGUGCUCUUCCACAGAUGAAGAACUUCACACUAUUUUGCAAGGUCUCUAUGAUGCUGAUGCCACUGUUUUGCAAAUAAAGGAUCCAGACAAUUCAUCCAGCCAAGCAACUUUGGUCAGUAAUCAUAAUUCCACAAAACUGUGAGAAAAAAAUCCUAUCUUCCCUGCUUAUUAACUCACAGCCAAAGAUUCACAGCAGUGUCACUGCAAAAAGUAAGCUGAUCAGUUGCAAUGGAUCUGUUUUUGCUUGUAGCUACAUACACAAAAAUGAAAUGAUGCUGAAAUUCAUUGGCAGGCAACAAGAAAUGGUUGAAUUGUCUGUGCUCAGUAAGCAAAGUACAAUAGAAGAUUUGCAUUUGUGUUUCUCACAGGAAGUUCGAAUAUGGAAAUCAGUGUCUGUUUAUUUACACAUUGUCACUAUCAGACUUUCAGUCAGUCUUGUGUAAUCAAUCAACUGCUGCUAACAAGUAUUCAAUCACAUAAGUCCAAGAACUCUCAAGUGUAUGCUCACAAUACAUGUAACAGGAAGACUACUGAAAGUGUUUAAAAAGAAGAUAUGGUGGUCUAUAUGCAACACUAACUAUCUAAUACUGUGUAAAUAGAUGAUCUUUAAGUGAGAGGAUGGGUCUAUCAUUCAUCGAUGUUGCAGUGUUGUGAAGGCAGUCAUUUUAGAGCAGAGGGAAGAGAAGGAUAGCUAUAAUAUACAGUCUCACAACUGCAGUAUGUGCUUUAAUCUGUUUCUGAAUGCCCGUAGGUAUGCCUAGGCAGGAGUCAACUAGCAGUUGUAAGUGACAUACAAUAUGUAAGUGAUGAGUGAGAGUGGCAUCAGAUGGCAAUUAAGACUAUUUCAAGCAGCAUAAUUGAGUGAGAAAACAUAAAUCUUAGUCAUUCUUCAUUAUGUGAGAAGAGAUAGAAAAUAUUUGUAAAGCAACUGAAUAAAAUCAUUAUUUAACAAAUGAGGUACAUUUCUAGCUGUUGACAUUAUUAGUGUCCUUUUUGCUUGAAAUCAACACCUGGAGAAAGGAUUUUCACUAGUCAUGCAGAAGACGGAUGCAGAAGUAAUUCGCAGCUCAUCAUAAAUUAAUAUGAAUACUAAAAUUAUGAUGAAAGUGGAAUAUAUGUGGUAUGUUCAUGUGACACUGACAUUUACGACUUAGCACUAUGAUAUUUCAUAUGUCUACAUACCAUAGAGCCUGUAAUUAUUACCAUAAAUGUCGGUCAUAGCCACGUAGUCUUCCUUUAGUGUAUGACUAGUUUAUAAAUAUGCCUCAUUUUUUUAAAAAUAAUUCUUUAACUGUGAGAACCUCUACUGUAACCUACUGAACAUUAAAAAUCUUAACUGGAGGGCAUUGGUUAUUCAGUUACUGCAGUGAAAAUGUUUAAAUUAUUGUAAUUUGGCACAGAAUCAGUUCAUUAUUGGCAUGCAGCAACAUCUAUGUUUUAUACUGUAACUAGCUUCACAUUCAUUUUCAUCAACAUAGGGAGCCUCUUUCAUCACUAUUUACUUAAUGUUCCUAUUUGAAAGUUUUAGUACUAGACACGUAUCCAAAUAUAUUUCAGCACUAAGUUAUUUAUGCUUAAGUUUCACAGAUGUGAACCAUGUGACUGUGAUUUUGUAAUUAAAUUUGUGUGAAAAUUUGAA